GAAGGUUUUCUCGUUAUACUGUAAAUUUUGUCAUGACUGCACUGUUUUACCCUCCCAAAACAGGGUGAUGAUCAGCAAGCAGAUGACUAUAACCCUGUCAAUCAAUGGCUUGGAGCAAGCCCACGUUACUCAUACUGCCCUCCGUAAAGGUUCAGGUUUGGCCUUGCUGCGCGAAACGCCUUCUGAGCUUGCAGAUACGAGCAUCUUGGGACUGAAAACGUCGGAUGUGGGUGGCUUGGAAGUCGAAAAAGUUCGGAAGAGGCUUUCCCUGGUCAACAGACCCUGGUACGUCCCGAGACAAUCUCCUUCCUGGCCCCCCUGGUCCGCGUCUGACCUCGGCAAAAUGCAAACCACCAAUUCGUCAAGAAGAACACACAUGCUCGUAUGUUAUUGCCUGAGGGUAACAUGAGUACGGGGAGUACGAGUCUACGAAAAAAGAGGGGGCUGUGGGCAAAGCACCUCGAGACCCAAGGGCCCUAAACAGACGUUUCCACAACCCGGUAGAAUUACCUGCACGUCAGAAGCCACAGAUGGUCGCUAAGGGGUCCCGGAAGAAUCGGCGGUCAAUCCGGGCGGGCAAAGCCAAAUCACACAAUAAUGAGCAGUAAGAGCCGAGCACGACUGCCUCACUACUUGGAAAAAAGGAGUCGUGCUUCGUGUGCUGAAAAUGGCAAUGCUCGGGCAUGUACAAUACUACCUCGUACCCACUGACCCAAAAUGUCGGUAUCAAUCCCCACAAAGAGUUGCGCAUUUACAUAUGAUUUGCAACUGGCGGGUAGGGUGGGUGGUGGUGGUGGUCGAUGCAAAAAGAUACGAGGGAUCUUGUACUUACUUGUUCCCACCUUGGCCCAAGCUUGGUCAAUUUGUCGGACCUCGAGAUCGUGGACGACGAUUGACCUCUCCGCUUUUUCACGUAAAAGUGAGGCGAACAAAAGGUGCUCCAAGAGAAAAAAAAGAGGCGAGAGCCACCACAACCACCACCACCACCACCGCUCAGCGAACGGAUAUGCACAACGGCAGACGAUUGGACUCUCUACAACUGUAAGACGAAAUUUGAAAAGGAAAAAAAAAUGGGGAUCAAGAAUGGCGGCAUUGCAUGUGAAGCUUGUGAGGGCCAUCAGACUCCUCUUUCUAUCUCUCUCCCUCUCUAGUUAUCGGGGUGUGUGUGUGUGUGUGUGUGUGUGUGUAUGUGUGAUGUGUGUUUGUCUCUCCCUCCCUCCCUUCCCCCUUCUCUCUUCGGAUGCUCGGAAUCGAAUGUGGCUUGCGAGCUAUCAAAUAUUGUAGACCACCGGGACGGCCGCGUGGCCAAUUACUCUUGUUGAUGGUUUUUCAAUUUCCCUUGGCCUCGGGUCACCCCGUAAAGGGUCAUUCGGGGAGAAGAAGUCGCAGGGUUUUAUAGAGUGGUGUACGGAAUACUGGUAUCAAGCAUGAACGGAGUACGGAUUGCCGACUACAAAACUUAGUAGACACCACACACAAAAAGAAAAAAAAAAGGACAUGAAGUCGGGAGAAGGUUUUUUUGAUCUUCACCGAUCCUUUUUUUUUUGACUGUACUUUGAC